UUAAGAUAUCCGCCUGAAAUCAUGAAUUACCUAACAAGUUGUGUUACACUUGGUGUUGUUUUCCUUUACUUACAGUUCCUUGGAGUUUCUUCACAGACCUGUUCUGAUUCUACAACAGCUGUUGGAAGAUGCCAAACCAACUUCACGACCUCAGUAAGUACAGGCUCCUCCAAAGAUAACGUAUGCAGUGCUUCAAAAAUAUUCCUGUCUUGUCUUGACCAAGUCAUAAAAGACUGCAAUUUGAGCGAGGGAAGCCAAAUCAUAGCAACCGCUAAACAAACUCUGGAUCAGUAUCCAUGUGGAGACAGUGGUACGGUAAUCGGCAGUUUUCCACUACUGAUAUUUGGAAUUAUCAUGUACAUAUUCCUACUGUACAGAAUUUUGAAUAAAAUACCAUCACCACUAUCUAAUAUGCAAAAAUGAUAUUUUAGCACGUGCAUUAAAUUAACCAUUUGAUAUGUUGGUGAAUAAAUAGUAAAGCAACAUAUGCUAGAGAGAGUAUUGGCAUCAAAUAACCAUUUUUAUGAGUUAUCUUUUGAAUAUCAAUUACCCUGUACACAUGUACUGUGUUGAUGAGUUCCAAAUAAUAGAGAACUUUACCGCAGGAUUAAAGAAAGGAUACAUGUAAAUACUUUAUCUCAAAUAAAAUCUAAAAAGUGAAAUCAUCAGAACUAAUUCGAAUAAAACAUGAUUGUAAUCAUUUUGGUGCUGAACAGUAUCUUGGUGUUAAUGGAACGUCUGGCAAGAAUUCAAGUCUUUAAAAACACGGAAAGUGAAUGCUGAAUGUAUGAUUUUAAAG